AUGGGCGCUGGGACCGAAGGCAGGAACUUCUCCUGUGGGACCAGCCCCUGGGACGCAGUCCUGGUCACCUGCAAAGGGGCAAGGGCUGAACCAGACACCCCUGGGGCAGUGGCCCAGGCUUCCUCCAGCACAGCUGCAGGGGGAGGGGUUGGGGGGCUCAAGGGUGGUGCAGGGCCUCCCAGAGAGAGGUUUUUGUAUGAGCCUGUGUCACAGUGUUGGGUGUUCGGCGGCGGGACCCAGCUGACCGUCCUAGGUCAGCCCAAGUCUGCACCCUCCGUGUCUCUGUUCCCGCCAUCCGCUGAGGAGCUCGCCAACAACAAGGCCACACUGGUGUGUCUCAUGAGUGACUUCUACCCGGGCAGCGUGACGGUGGCCUGGAAGGCAAAUGGCACCCCCGUCACCCAGGGCGUGGAGACCACCAAGCCCUCCAAGCAGAGCAACAACAAGUACGCGGCCAGCAGCUACCUGAGCGUGUCCAGCCAAGACUGGAAGUCCGCCAGCGCCUACAGCUGCCAGGUCACGCACGAUGGGAAGACCGUGGAGAAGACAGUGGCCCCCUCAGAGUGUUCCUAGCA